AUGCAGGGAGCCUGGGUACUACUGCUGCUGGGCCUCCGGCUACAGCUGUCCCGUGGCGUCAUCCCAGUGGAGGAGGAGAACCCAGCCUUCUGGAACCGUAAGGCGGCUGAGGCCCUGGACGCCGCCAAGAAGCUGCAGCCCAUUCAAACCUCGGCCAAGAACCUCAUCAUCUUCCUGGGAGACGGGAUGGGAGUGCCCACAGUGACAGCCACCCGGAUCCUAAAGGGACAGAGGGAAGGCCAUCUGGGGCCCGAGACGCCGUUGGCCAUGGACCACUUCCCAUACAUGGCUCUGUCCAAGACAUACAGCGUGGACAGACAGGUCCCGGACAGCGCAAGCACGGCCACAGCCUACCUGUGCGGGGUCAAGGCCAACUACAAGACCAUCGGCUUGAGUGCGGCUGCCCGCUUUGACCAGUGCAACACGACCUUUGGCAAUGAGGUCCUCUCCGUGAUGUACCGCGCCAAGAAAGCCGGGAAGUCCGUGGGUGUGGUGACCACCACCCGGGUGCAGCACGCCUCUCCAGCGGGCACCUAUGUCCACACGGUGAACCGCAACUGGUACGGGGAUGCCGACAUGCCCGCCUCAGCGCUGCAAGAGGGCUGCAAGGACAUCGCCACACAGCUCAUCUCCAACAUGGACAUAAAUGUGAUUCUUGGUGGGGGCCGAAAAUACAUGUUCCCUAAGGGGACCCCAGACCCCGAGUAUCCGAAUGAUGCUAACGAGACCGGAACCAGGCUGGACGGACGGAACCUCGUGGUGGAGUGGCUGACAAAGCGUCAGGGGGCCCGGUACGUUUGGAACCGUGAAGAGCUUAUUCAGGCCAGCCAGGACCCAUCAGUGACAUAUCUCAUGGGCCUCUUUGAGCCUGUAGACACAAAAUUCGAGAUCUACCGAAACCCUGAGCUGGAUCCAUCCCUGAAGGACAUGACAGAGGCGGCCCUGAAAGUGCUGAGCAGGAACCCCCGGGGUUUCUACCUCUUUGUGGAGGGAGGCCGCAUCGACCGUGGUCAUCAUCUGGGCACAGCUUACCUGGCACUGACCGAGGCUGUCAUGUUCGACUCUGCCAUUGACAGGGCGAGCCAGCUCACCAAUGAGAAGGACACGCUGACCAUCGUCACUGCUGACCACUCCCAUGUCUUCUCCUUUGGCGGCUACACAUAUCGGGGGUCCUCUAUCUUUGGCCUGGCCCCCCUCAAGGCAGUGGACGGCAAGUCCUACACCUCCAUCCUGUACGGGAACGGCCCUGGCUACGUGCUCAACUCAGGCAACCGGCCCAAUGUCACCGAAGUUGAAAGCAGCGACCCCGCGUACCGGCAGCAGGCGGCGGUGCCCGUGGCGUCGGAGACGCACGGCGGCGAGGACGUGGCGGUUUUCGCGCGCGGCCCGCAGGCGCACCUGGUGCACGGCGUGCAGGAGCAGAACUACAUCGCGCACGUCAUGGCCUUCGCGGGCUGCCUGGAGCCCUACGCGGACUGCGGGCUGCCGCCCCCUGCCGGCCACAACGAGGGCCCCGGCCAGAGCAGCACCCAAGCCCCUGUCCAGAGCAGCGCCCUGGGCCCAGGCCUGACCACUGCCCCUCUCACCCUGCCGCUGCUGGCCGGGCUGCUGCUGCUGCUUCUAGGGCCCUGA